AUGUGCAUUCCAAUGCCACCGGCGCCUAUGGACAUCUUCACCAUCACCGCCCUCCUCUCUCCUGCGCCAGAUGAAGCUUGCGUUGCUUUCCCCGCUGUACCCCUCGCUAUUGCUACACGGUACUUCGGAUUCGGUCACAUGCGUGGCUUCAUACCCAUUCCCGGAUGGGAACAAACUGAUGCGAACACUUCUCUAUUGCUCCUGGGUGCUCUGUGUAAUUUGCUUCCUUUGAUGUUUCGAUUGGCUGUAAACUAUGGUGAGCAUUAUAUUUCGACAGUCCCAACUCUGGAAUUGUUAAGAGUGUGGAGCAUUGUAAUGCUUGCAGUUUAUAUUGCCUUUAGUUUCUUCCAACGUAAGUCCCAUUGGCAGUUCUUUGAAUACGAGAGUUGCCUGUUGGGUGCUACAAUUGUUAUUGCAGUUCUAUCUGAAUUUAUUGUUGGCACCAUUGAGGAUGCAUCAGAAUCUUGGCGACCAUCCAUGCGUUUCAUCAGCAUAGUUUUACUAUCCACUGUGGGAAAUGCUGCAGAGCAUGCUGGUGCUGUCACGUUUGCUGUGAAAAACAAGUUAGAUAUAAGUCUUGGAGUCUCUUUGGGUUCAGCAACUCAGAUUUCCAUGUUUGUGGUUCCAUCUAGCGUUAUUGUGUCAUGGAUGAUGGGUGUCCCAACAAAUCUUGAUUUUAAAAUAUUGGAGACAGCUUCUUUGGUGUUUUCAAUUGUGAUAACCGGAUUUGCUUUGCAGGAUGGAACUUCACACUACCUACAAGGCCUAGCUUUUCUCCUCGCUUAUAUAAUUAUUGGGGCCUGCUUUUUUGUUCUCAGCAGCCCUGAUGGAAGAACUGGUUUGAACGUUAAUGUAGCAGAUUGAGUUUGUGAAGACCUAAGCCAGCAUACAUACAUCACUUCUGAAACCUUCAAAGUUAAGUAUUCAAUGUGCAGUUAGGCUAUUGAUGUACUAUUCUCUGUUCAAGAGAAUUAAUUCCCUUGUAGUUGGAGUAUGGUUUUUCUGGCUGGUGUAGUAAAAAAUACUUUGCAAAUUCUACCUCAGUAUAUGUUUCUAUAUAAAGCAUUUGCUUCAGUGUAAAAGCUGUUUCAUUUUUCAUACAACAUUUUCCUGUCAUUUUGCUUCAUUUUCAAGGAAGUUUGUGUAAGAAAAGAGAUGCUUGGCUAGAUUUCUUCUCUUGCACCUUUACUCGAGAGG